CCUCCAGGAUCCAAAUGGGAACCCCAAAGCAGCCCUCGCUGGCUCCUGCACACGCCCUAGGCUUGAGGAAGUCGGAUCCCGGAAUCUGGAGCCUGGGGAGCGACGCGGGAGGAAGGCGGUGGAGACCAGCAGCCCAGAGUAUGUUCCAGAUCCCAGAGUUUGAGCCGAGUGAGCAGGAAGACGCCAGUACUACAGAAAGGGCGCUGGGCCAUAGCCCCACUGAGGGCCAGCCAGGUCCCUACCUAGCCCCAGGUCUCCUGGGGAGAAUCGUUCAUCAGCGGGGACCAGCCAACAACAGUCAUCAUGGAGGCGCUGGGGCUAUGGAGACCCGGAGUCGCCACAGUUCGUACCCAGCGGGGACCGAAGAGGAUGAAGGGAUGGAGGAGGAGCUUAGCCCUUUCCGAGGACGCUCUCGUUCGGCUCCCCCCAACCUCUGGGCAGCGCAGCGCUACGGCCGUGAGCUCCGAAGGAUGAGCGACGAGUUUGAGGGUUCCUUCAAGGGACUUCCUCGCCCAAAGAGCGCAGGCACUGCAACACAGAUGCGACAAAGCGCCAGCUGGACGCGCAUAAUCCAGUCCUGGUGGGAUCGAAACUUGGGCAGAGGAGGCUCCACCCCCUCCCAGUGAUCUUCUGCUCCGCAUUCCCAGAACUCUACCCGCUCCCUUCGCCCGCCAUAUUGGGUGUGGGCGGAAGUCUUUCCAGGCCUUAGGAAAAAAGGAGGAUCGCUGUGUCCCUUUAACCGGGAGAAGAGCUGACGUACCGCUUUGAGUCCCUUCCGGUGCGUGCAAUAGCUACGAAGGAGUGGUUCUUGUUUGGAGUUUCUAAGUUUUCCACAUACCCCGCCCCCUAAGCUUCCGGAAGUGGCUAUUUUCCCCUCUGGUACUGGACUGCCCUCGGCGCCUGUGCUAGGUUGCGAGUCUGGGUGCUAUCCUAUCAUAACAGGGGACCCGAGGUCGCGAGAAACGUGCUUUAUAAUAAAGCCCGCGCAUGUGU